AGCAUCGGCAAACAUGUGAAGAGACAACAGACGAAUUUUAAUUAAAUGUACGCAUUUUAAGUAAUCCAAAAUACAGCUACUAAGGCUUGAUCCUAAAUCAAUUAGAAACAGAUCUACGUAAAUGCCAAAAAGAUCAACCAAGAAGGGUUGCUGUUAUUGUUUAAACUUUAGACUGCAAUGCCUCGGGCGUCGAAAGCGGUAGGUACAGAAGUAUUGGUAAACGGUAAGAUCUUGCAUCGAAGAAUUUACAUCAUUGUUCUCAUAACCUCACAAGGCUUGCUGAUCAUUCAGUUAAAAUUGGAUUUGUUUUCGAACAAAUCACCUAGUUUUGUCGAUCGUCCCCACCGAAAAUUAAUUUUACCCUUCUCGUAAACCACAAAUCAUCCAAAUAGUUUCUUUAAAUGUUCCAUGGGACGCACAAUGUAUUUAGCUUGAAAAUGGUUGCCUUGCUACUCAAUUGACUCAAUUCUUUGGCUUUUUUUGAAUAUUAAUCAAUCAUUUUAAUUAAUUAGUUAAUUACGUUGAGUGCAGCGGAGAUAAAAUGCUAUUUAUACUGCUUGCUUUUAAUUUAGUUUCAUGAUUACAAUAAAGCAAUUGUGCCGGUGUAAUCUCGCAUAUUUACAAAUUUGCGCCUUAUUAGGCUCUGUGAAAAUGGCUAAAAAUUAUUAUUCAAUUGUUAAAGAAAUCAUUGAGCUUUAAUAAUUGUUGUUUACACCUGUUUCGAGAAAGUUUGUCCUACACGAGUGUAAAGGCGUGCGCGACAAAAUCGAAAGGUAUUAUGGGUAAUGGUAGUUAGCGUUGCUUGAUUGAGGCCCCGUCCACACCACCGCGGUCGGAGAAAUUGGAAAACGCAGCUUUUUAAUAUUCCUGCGGUUAGGCGGACCGUCCGCACUAAUCUGUGACGAAAACGGAGCCUUGCGUUUUAUUGCGGACGGAGAACAUUUUGGAAACGAGCUUUUCGAAAACGAUGACAUCCCUGACCGAGCCUCUCUCAAACAAAAGUACAAAAUGACCGGUGACUGUUGCAUUUUCAACUUUCUCCGGCCUAGUGAGGAUGGAAAACAUUUGAUGCGUUUUCAGAGUGAAAAGCGCCGUUUUCAAGUUUAUCUGGCGUAGUGUAGACGGGGCCUGAAGCUCAAGGUGUUUCAGUGUGACAGAAGGAAAUAGCACAAACACGUGCUUUCUUUUUCCUUCUCAUGUUGUUGACACACCGCCAACCUCAAGUAACGCCAAACAACUAAUGACCUCUCAUAACAAUCGGCAUUGUUGCUUACACUAUUUUAGCAUUACUCUUUCGUGGGACAACCUUUGUCGAAAUCGCUGUGUAGAGAAUUGUGGCAAACUCCCGCGAUCUGAGUCACAAAGCUGUAAAUAUCUCGAUUUCUGCUAAGAGCAAAUGACUGCUGCGCGAGCUAGACUGAGAAGGUUACAGGUGUUAGAAGCACUUGGAUUUAAGAAAACUUCUUUUGCCUCCACAGGAAGGGCAGAUCUUCAGGAAAGAAGGAACAGUGCCCCUUUAACGGUUGGAUUCCUCGAGAAAAAAUGGCUCCAAUCUGCAAGCCAAGGAAGUCUUCCUGGAAUCUUGGCGUUACUAGAACAAGAUCCUAACCUUGUAACUACUCAGACCGCACUGCACUGGGCUGCGAAAAAAGGAAGAAAAGAUAUAGUUGAAAUACUGACAAAUACAGGAAUGGACGUAAAUAUUAAAUCAAAGGGGGGAUACACCGCACUUCAUCUCGCCGUGAUUCAAGGCCACGAGAGUAUAAUGGCUUCCCUGUUAGAUUGCGGAGCUGAUAUUGACGCCCGCGACAACAGCGGCCGGAAGCCAAAACACUACAUAAAGGAUGCCACUUCACCGUGGAUACAAAGUAAACUUGGGAAAAGACUGGCGCCAUCGGUAUUCGUAUCGUCAGGAGAGAACCGCAACAAAGGACUGCAAAACAUCGGCUCCAUAUUCCUCCAGAUGAAAGCACUGAGCAAUUCGCUUGGGACAGGAAUGGAUAAACUAGACGGUGACAAAGACGUGUUACCUUCUCCAAGACAGAAACCCGCAAGAUCGGGAUCGUUUGUAAAGAUUUACAGAAACGUUACGGCUAAAUUUAAGGACAAGAAACCGGUCUCAACAUGCUCAAAGCUGGAGAUUCCAGAAAGUACAGCCAGUUAUUACAGAACUGGUCGUGCAAGAUCUGCUCCCGAUAUCAACCACAUUAUAGGCUGGAGCCCACGCUUUGUUCACGUGAUGCCAUGACUUGUUCAUGACUUGUUCACGUGAUAACGACCCGUUCUAUGCCUAACCCGGCAACCCUGGUUUGCUCAAGUCUGUAAGAUGACUUGUUCAGUGACACUGUAGUCUGUAACACGACUUGUUCACGUGAUAAUGCACCAGAAACGAGGCAAGACUUGAUUUCACACUGUUAAAUAUCACAAUCCACAGUUGUCAUUUUAUUACAAAGAUUAUGACUACAAAAACAACAGAUCUGUACAAAAGGUGCAAUAAAUAUUACCAACUAUGUUCCUAUCAUUUUUUUCCUGAACACCUAGAUCAAGACUUAUCUGACAACCAUUAGAAGCACGCUUGAGAAAAAAA